AUGUCUUCCUCUCCGCUCUUCACAUCACCAAACACGCCAGCCACGUCAGCUGUCGAGGUUGACAACGACCCAUUCAACCUCGAGCGAUUCAUCAAGGCACAAGAUCAAGGGAAUGCAUUCGAAAACGUCCUCGCAGCCUUCCGCGGGGGCCACCAGAAGCCCAAGCCCGCCACCUGGAUGUGGUUUGUUUUCCCCCAAAUGGACCACUGCCAGACACAGUCACUGCGCGUCAAGCUAAGCGACGAGGACAACCACUUGUCGUACGAGGGCGUCGACGAGCAAACCUGGCUCAAGAAAGACGUCUGGCCCAGAGGCCAGGUCCUCACCAGCCUCGACGAGGCCCGCGCGUACCUGAACCACCCCAUCCUCGGCAACCGCGCGCGCGUGGCCGCCACGGUAGUCCUCCACAGCCCGUUUGCCGACAAGUUUUCGCUGAUGGACAACGCCUCCAUGGACGUCGCGUGCCUCCACUCCUCGAUGACCAUCUUCCGACAGGCGGGCCGCUUCCCGAAGUGCAUCCACAGCAAGAUGAAGCGCCAGCCGGGGGAGAACCGCGUCUUUGCGCAGGUGAUCAACAGGUUCUUUGUCGAGUUCGUGCACAGCGACGAGGAGAACGACUGGCUGGACUACGACGACAGGCAGCUGAUGGCGUACAAGCGCGGGUCCCGCCACAAGGCCACGCUCGAGUGCCUGGACAGGCGGGAGCAGGUGGAGAUUGAGAGGCGGCUGAAGCAGGGGCUGGGGUGUGUCUGUGGUCUUGCGCUGGAGAAGGUCAAGGAGAUGGACCGCGGCUCGAAGAGGAAGAUGACCAAUGCUCAGGCUGUCGCGGAGGCGGAGAAGAAGCGUAGGAAGAGGAAGAUGGAGCAGGAGCGCAAGAAGCGGGAGGAGAAGGGUAUGCUGUAUGAUGGUGGUGGCCCGAGUUCUAGGUGA